CUUCAAGCUCAGUGCAAUCAAAAAUACCUUUCACUAUUUUCCUCAAUGACGCUUGCAAUAUGCUCUCAUAUCUUUGGCGAUUUUGUUCGCCAGUAUUGACAGCUUUGCGCUACUUCGGCUAUCUUGGUUAUCGCGCAUUCGGCUUUUUAUCUCAUAUAUUCCCGCUAUCUAUUGGAUAUAGUCCGCCCCAAUCCAGAAAGCCUGACGAUCUUGAGGCGGCUAGCAAUCCAGCUGGUGAUGAUACCUCAACAUCGCGGUGCGACACCUACCCCUUAGAAUUGCACCCUCAACACGACUUGGAAGUCAUAGAAACUGGACCUUGUUCUCAAACCUACAAAGUGAAUGAUCACAUAGUCCUCAAAACACCCUUAAUAUAUGUACCACCUGGACAUAAUGCCUCGGAGCGCCCACAACGACACUACGCCUCAAACACCCUCUCCCAAAUCAACCAAUUACAGAACGAACGAACUGUCUUACAACUACUUCAAAAACAACCACACCCCAACAUCAUAGAACCAAUAGAUACCCACUAUCCAGAGGGUAUCUACCUCCGCAAAUACCACCCCCUAUCCGAGGAUAAUCUCCCCCCUCAACGCCAACGGAUUCGCUGGUACCGCGAUCUCACUGAUGCACUAUGCCAUCUCCACAGCCUUGGCAUCGUGCACGCAGAUGUCCGGAUGGACAGUAUUUCUCUAGAUGACCACGACCGUGUGAUUCUCUCUAACCUUGGCGCUUCCAGCCCUAUUGGUGCGCCAAAUGAUGUUUCUCCGAUAAACGGUCCCUCGCCGACGUUAUCUGAAAAGACAGAUAUGUUCGCUAUAGCGUCGCUGAUGUAUCAAAUGGAACAUGGUGCCAAGCCUCAACUGUCUAUUGACAGUACUGGUACGUUAGUCUUGCCGAGUAUACACACCGGCAGGCCUAUGCUUGAUAGUAUCAUUCGAGAUGCCUGGCUGGGGGGUUAUGGCCGUACUGUGGAGAUGUUUCAGCGGAUCGAAGCUAUUGAUACAAUCGGUGAUGAUUUUGCUCAGGGCCUCCAAAGUCAACAUACUAUAUCAACAAGAGAACUGAGAAAUCUAGUCCGAGAAUGGAGGUAUGGUCGUGAGGAUAGUUUUGGUUGUGUUCUAGAUGGUGUACUCUCCGAAGACCAGCUACAGAGUCUAGCUGGCCGGCAUGACUUGGAUAGAGGUGUAGGGUUACGAUGUUGA